AUGGGCGGGGCGUCGUCAAAAGCCACACGCCAAUUUCCCAAGCCAAAAAAGCCGUUAUGGGCUGGCGCACGAACACCAAGCCCGGGCGAGGCUCCUCAGAGUGCGAAACCAACGCUACCCCGGGCAAGCGAGACACGGAAUGAAGAUAUUGAGCAGGAUGCGAAGGACCCGCAGUUCCUCGCUAACUUGAGCAGGCUGGGGCCGGUCAAAGUCGACCACCACAUGCAAACGUUCCGACUUGGUGCUGAUAACACACAGCACGUCCUACAGACUCGCCUGCAGUCCGAAGCAGAGGCACGGUCCUCGCACCCAACCCACAACCGCCUUUUAGCAGCAUCGCUGCAAGAGCUCCUCGAGGAGCGCAAAUCCGUAACCACACAGGCAGAGCUCGAGAAGCUCGCGAAGCGCUACAACGUGGAUGUCGCGAAGCUGGAGAGCGUCGCGCAAUUCGUGAACAGCCCGAGCGUCCUCCCAGGUUCCGUCGUGCGGACUGUCAGUGAUGAUGGCGAAGAGAGAAUUACUAUGUUGGCUACUUGGGCAGAUCCUCAGCAUCUGGAAGGUCGACCGCUGGUAGGUUCCAACACAAAAUCGUGA